AUGCUAGAGGCUCAUAUUCAUGAGCAGCUUUUCGCGACCCGCGACGCGGCGACUGUCGCGCUGCUACAUGCUAGCAUGCUAGCAUAUUACUACUGCUGCAGUAUGCGCGAGAGUCUCCGUCGACUGGCGUCAGAUGACGGCAUGGAGCGGCGCGGGCGCAUCGCUGGCAGCCGCCGCGUGCGCGUCGAGCUCAUGUUGGCAGAGCAUAUCACUGUUGAUGUUGAUCGCAAAGCCCGUGGUUCCGACCUGCUAGACAAAAUCUGUGACUCCCUGGACCUGGUGGAGAGAGACUACUUCGGCCUGCUGUACACGCAGCGAGGGGAUCCCAGGGUCUGGGUGGACCUCAAUAGGAGACUGUCUAAGACUUUCAGAAACGAGCCCUGGGACGUGCGGCUUGCUGUGAAGUUCUACCCUCCAGAGCCCAGUGAGCUGAAGGACGACGCCACAAGGUACCAGAUAGCGCUGGCUGUCAGAAGAGACCUCAUGGAAGGUCGUCUAACAUGCUCCCAGAUCACCUACGCGCUGUUGUCGUCGUACGUGCUGCAGGCGGAGCUGGGCGACUACGAGGAUUGUCACGACAUCACCACCGCGCUGCACCAGCAUAGCGCUGUGCCUGUUAAUGCCAUCACGCCCGAGCUGGAGGCUAACAUUGAUGAACUGUAUCGGAAACAUAGAGGACAAACCCCAGCAGAGGCCGAGCUGAAUUACCUGGAGACUGCGAAGCGGCUGACGUUGUACGGCGCGGAGCUGCACACUGCGCUCGACUGCCAGGACGUCGCCAUCGCACUCGCUGUCUGUCAUAGUGGAGUCGCUGUCUAUAGGGACGGCCUCCCAAUGAACCGGUUUCCCUGGACGAAGAUAACAAAGAUCUGCUACAACAAGCGACUGUUCACGCUGCGGCUGCGAGCUGGAGAGUUCGAGGAGUUCGAGACCAUCCUCAGCUUCAAGCUCGCCUCCACUUCCGCCUGCAAGAAGCUGUGGCGCUGCAGCGUGGAGCAUCAUAUGUUCUUCAGACGAGAAUACCCUGUAGUAGUGGAACGUAUACCAGGGUUUGCCCGCCUGGGGUCCCGACGUCUCUCCUGCAGACGCACGCUACGUCAGAUGAGAGCAGAAUCCGACAACACACCCACCGCAGCCUGA